AUGUCUGAAACAAAUUUAAUCUGUAAUUAUAAAAAAUGUCGUAAGGAUUUAAACUCAUUUGCAUGGGUAACGAGUUGCUCACAUAUAUUUUGCGACUACGAUGGUAGCCGAACAUUUAACCGUGAAAAAAAAUGCCCAUGCUGUAAUGAAGUCCUAAAUAGACGAUUGGACAUCGUCCAGAUAAACUUAAAUCCAGACGAAUCUUUUAAAUCUAUGAUACUAUGUGGGUUAAGACCAGAAGUUGUAAUGGAUAUAUCAUUACGAGCAGUGUCUUUUUGGAAUUACCAAAUGACCCAAGAAAAAAUCAUUCAGACUAGUAGUAUGAAAAGACUUCAAGCAAAAUUUGAACAGGUUAAAAUCAAUAUGGAAACCAUGGAAUACCAGUUUCAAAAAAAUAUUUUAAUUGAAACAAAAAAAUCUGAGUCAGCUUUGAAAGAUGCUGAAUUACAAAGACGAAAAACCCAAGAGAUAGAAGAGAAGCUGAUCGAAAAGAGUAGAAUCUUACAACAAGUUCAGUCAAAGUAUGAGUCUCUCAAACUUCAACUUAUUUCUAAUACUAUAAAAUCAACAAAAGCAGAACAAAUUCCUAUGGCCCAACUCCAGCUUAAAACAUUUGAAGGUCAAAAUGAAUUUGUAUUUGCUCCAAAUGUUGAUUAA